AGAGCUACAGAGAAUUCUACACACGUCUUACUCAGCACCCCUUUAAAUUCCUGCGGAACACUGGUAAAUGAAACAAAAGACGCAUUAAUCUUCUGGAAUGAAGUCCGAGCAGAUUCUGUGAUUAUUGACAAUGUCAUCAGUCGAACACACGAUAUCAAAUUUGAAUUUUACUGCAGCUAUUCCAGAAAGAAGAUGCUAAGCAUUCAAUUUCAACCCAAGCAUAUUUUCAUUGGAUCAGAAGGUUCUUUGAUUAUGCUUUAUUCAUUUUUUUUUCUUCCAACAAGAAAUAUUGAAAUUGAAAUUUUAGACACACUUUUUUCCCUCCAUUUCAGUUCAAGGACGAUUUUAAGCCUUCACGUACAAGUCAUUAAGCUUACUUACUGCUCACAUGUCACGUGAUGCACAAGAUCAAUGUUUUCAUGAAUCUGUUCACGAUAAAUGGUGUUUACGCAAAGGCGUUUGGCAAACUGAAGAUGGCUUAGAACGCGGUUUUGUUGAGCACUGCCUAAACUCCGUUUAAACAACUGGUCCUCUGUGUUUCAAGUAAAGUUCGGGAGAUGAUUCAGAGUGCAUGCACCAUGGGUCGAAUGAUCAGUCUUUUCGUCAGCUCAAUCCCCUGUAAAAGGAUAAUUUAAUUCUAUUCCGGCAUCGUUAUAAGUCUACCCUGAAGUCCUCAGAUCAUUGAACUUACCUGAGACAAAACCCACGUCUUUCCCUUCACAAAGAUGAAAAUAUUCGACCGCCCCUAAACAACAAGAGAAUAGGGCCACAUUGACCAUGCCCAGAAAACUGAAAAUGUCCAAAGGAUUUUUGACGGAGGUUCUAUUUCCAAACCAAAAAGAAGGCUAAUCUUAUUAUAUUUUGCUUCCUUCUUAGCUGGAUAUGGGAAUUUCACUUUCAAAAUGGACUUUUACAAGACUGCAGCAUUUGCCACUCCCUAUACGGAGAACGACUACCCAAUAUCAGUCGCGUUAAAUAAGUAUCUUUACGUAAAGUACAGUGUGGAGUCCAGUGCCAACCUGGUGAUCAUGGCCGAAAACUGCAAAGCCACAAAAUAUGGAAGUUUCUAUUCCUGGCCUUAUUAUACCAUUAUACAGAAUGGGUGAGUAUAACAUAUAUUCGAGAUCUAGGCUAAAAGUCUUCCCUCAUUUUCCUCAGGGAAAGUUGAGAGGGCGAGGUAGGCGUGAAAAUUGCCUCGCGCGGAAGAAGUGAGACGCGUGUCACUGGUUGGGGAUUUUCAAGAGCGCUCGCCUAUUUCGCUUAACCUACUACCGCUGAGGAAAAGAAGGGAAUAGCCGUAGUUUAUUCCUGAAUAAGAAGAAAGGAAAACGACUGUUCGAAUGAGUUUAUAUUUCCAUAAUUUUAUCAUCUCCAUUCACCUUGACUCUUGGGCAACAUUUACGUCGUUUUCCCCAGGUCUUGCUGUUCCUCCACUUUUAACUGUAUUGCGGGCUCGAUUCCCUGAACUGCCCCUGGCCUGGUAAUCGAGCUUAUACUUGAUCAUCACUUAAAGGGCUUAUGAAGUUUGAUAUCGUAUCAUCAUUAACAACUGCUAGCUCCUAUUUACGAAGACUGUGCUUCAGCGCAGCACUAGACCAGCCUUUGCGACGGAGUUAAUAUUUAUCUUCAAAUAGAGCUUAAUCUUGAUGGGAUAAUUUUGAGCAGAGGAAAGCCCAGAAACAUCCAUAGUAUAAAACUAAAACUCGUUUCUGUUUUUAAACAUUACACACUAGUUGCGAGCGAGAUACAACUAUGGAGUACACGUUUAAUCCAUCAGGGAGUUCUCAGCAGUUUAAAAUUAGAACGUUCAGGUUCUUCAACGACUAUAACGUUGUUUACUUCCACUGCGAGUUGUUGGCUUGUUACAGAUACACUUCUAAUUCCAGGUAUGUCUAUAGUCAACCCUCCCUGUUACACCGAGGGAGCAAUACUUAAUCUGCGCACACCGAAUUGAAUGAUAUUCUUAUUCCACUCUUGCUUUUUAUUGCAAUGCAAUUAAAUUACAAUGUCACCUGAAAUGUUCUUGCUGUAUUCAGCAUAUCUUAAAGCUCAUAAGCAUGGUACCCAGGUAACUACAUUUGCAAGACCCUUAAUACCUACAAGUAAAAUGGUAAUCGAAAUAACAUAUUAGGUUGAAAAGACUGGGGAUCUCCACUCUUUAUCAUAGUUUCACAACGGUUGCUUCAGUCCUACAUGUCUUGCCGCAAGUGAGAUUUGCACCAUAUCUGAAAUGCUAACGGCUCUGGUGAUCUAAAAUCUGGAUACUGUCCAUUUAACAAUUACUCCACGAGUGCGCCUUAGACAUGAGAUGGUAGAUGGCCAACAAGCGCGAGUAGAACAAUUGUUCUGUUUAUUAAAACAUCCUCAAAAUAUCGAGAAUUCUUCCCUACAUUAUUUGUAAAACCCACCGAUUUUCAGCUUGUUUUUACUUUUGAGCAGACGCGUUAAGUUACCAUAUUUGGAGAGCAUGGUAUAAUGGCUCGUAUACAGCUAUUUCUAGAAAGGUUGUCGCAAAAACUGUGCACGCGACAAUCCCGAAAGGUAAUAUGGGAUAUGAUCAAUACACUUGUUCCUGACACUGUCGCUGUCGAACCUUCUUUUGUUACUUUCCUUUAGCACUCGCAAACAUACGUCCAUGGCCUCUUGUGCCAUUUUUUGAAAUUUGUUUGAAAAACAGUGAACUGAAAACCGCCCACAAUACCUUUCGGGAUUGUCGCGUGCACUUUUUCCGACAACCUUUCUCGAACUAGCUGUGUAUACCAUGAUGGCCAAGCCAAUCGGAGCUCCAGAAUUGCAUUAUCCAAUGAUUCAGUUUUUAAUAAUUUGCAUUAUCCCCGGCCCAGUAUCCUAUUUUUUCCGACAACCUUUCUCGAACUAGCUAUGUAUACCAUGAUGGCCAAGCCAAUCGGAGCUCCAGAAUUGCAUUAUCCAAUGAUUCAGUUUUUAAUAAUUUGCAUUAUCCCCGGCCCAGUAUCCUAUUAUCCCAAAAAAAAACCGUCUUACGACUAAAAAAAUCGAAUUUGGGGGGUGAAUGGGCUAAACUCCAAACUAAAGUAUAGAAUAGCUCAAAUGUCGAUUUUAUUCGGAAGACUCCAGGAAAUCCUGGAGAGUUGGCACAAUAUGAAAGCGGUUGAACAAAGGCAAAGUGAGACACUUUGUAAGCCAAAGGUUUUGUUUACAAAUGCAGCCGGGGUUGUUUAAGUAGCAAAAGGAGAAAGAAACGAGACGCAGUUGAGGAGGAGAGUACAAGCAGACAUAUUCUCUCCAGCGGCCCAAUUAUCAUCAAGACUAAGAAGGAGACGAAGAUAGAAAAACGUGACGCAGGAGGUAGGCCGCACAGACAACUGAGGGCGUGUUCGAUGGACCGUAUCCCGGACUAAGAAUGAAUGGAAUAGACUCUAGAAAUCACUUGUUUUGGCUUUCAUUGCAUUCUUAAUUAAAUAGGCUUUGAUAGAUUGUGCUCGCAAAAGUAACUGUGCUCGUAUAUUUUAAAAUUAUGCCAAUAAUUAUUCUAGUUUUUGUGAAUUAUGCACCUUUUUGCAAAGUAUGCCGAAGUUAUGCUUCUUUUUUUUUUACUUUUAAUUUGCUAAAAAUACCCUAAUAACUAUGCAACAAACAAGUAAAUGGUAAACACAUUUACUUUAUUUACAUCCAGAAAUAUUAUGAGUUGCACAACUCAUUCUCUGAAAACUAUUAAAACUCCCAAACCAGUCCUAGGGGAGUUAAACACUUUUCUGUUUUGUCGCAAGAAUUUGCACAAUUGCUGGCCAAUUUAGUGAAUACAUGCACACUCCAUAUCCGUCUGUCACUUAUAAUAGCUUUCCCUUCUCUUUCUUAUUACCUUUAGCCUUGUCUAACUAUGGAGGUUUAUUUUUUUCCUUUGUGAUAGAUACUGGGAAAAGCCAACAAACUGCUUUGACUGGUGGUGCAGCGGCCGUGGGGGGACUGGCCCUGAUUGCUAUCAUAGCCUUGGCUGUUUUAGCUGUUAAAUACCGCCUUGCCCGAAGAUUCAUGUACAGGAACAAGGUCGGAGCCUUGUACACUACCCAAGAUGAACAGAUGAGUCGAAGAAAUGCCUUCAUCCAAGAGGACGACAUGAUCGAAAAGGAAGACUCCUUUUAA